UUGAUGUGAUAUCUCAUGCGAAUAUGGUUAAUUUUCUCUCUGCAUAGAAGUGGACUUGUCUUUUGUAAUUCUCAUUUUCACAUUACUUUAGGCCAUAAACAGUGUUUUAAACAAAUAGCUCUCUCUCUCUCCCUCUCUCACGCUCUACGUCUUUUAUCUUUAUUUUAUAUUAUUUAUUGUAGGGGAACAUGAAGCUUACCUGCUUUUAAGUAAAAAAUAACAUCUGUGUUUGAGCUUUAAUUUUUUUGGCGUUUAAAAUGAAUGGGAUUCAGAGCAGGAAACCUUACACUACUGAGAAUCCAAUCCCAGGAUGUCUGGGAAGGAUGGUGAACCUUUUUGAUUUGAGUUCGGGCGUUGCUGGAAACAAGAUGCUUACCGAUAAACCGCAUCGUGAUGGUUCUUCGCUAUCAAGGAGUAGAUCGGAUGUGGCAAGGACAUGGAGUCCUCUUGGAGAUCAGAUAGAGGAUAAAUUGAUUGUGUCCAACUCAAGGUUCUCUUCAUGCAAGAAGGCAAACGGAACACCCAUGAAGAUGCUUAUAGACCAAGAAAUGUCAAAAGAAGGGGACUCCAAGCACAAUCCACCCAAUGUGGUUGCCAAGUUGAUGGGGCUUGAUUCCUUCCCCCACGUGCAGCCUGAUUCAGCUGCUCAAAGAAACCAUGCAAGAGGUUAUUCACGGCGUAGUUUAAGUCAUUCAGGAAUACCACUGGGUUCUUGGCAGCAAGAAGAGGGCUUUUCUGACAAAGGCAUGCUAUGUGAAGUUUAUCAGUCUCCAGAACAGAAUGAAUAUAAAGAUGUUUAUGAAACCUGGCAGCAAUCUGAAAAGACAAAUUGUAGAAGAGAUAAAUCACCACAGAAGGGAAGGCAUAAUGACAAUAUCAAUGAGAAAAAGGUGGCUCUUGUUCGUCAAAAAUUCAUGGAAGCAAAGCAACUCUCUACAGAUGAAAGGCUCCGCCAAUCUAAGGAAUUUCAAGAUGCAUUGGAAGUUUUAAGUAGUUCCAAUGAAGAUUUAUUACUGAAGAUUUUGCAAGAACCAAAUUCCUUACUUUCCCAACAUCUAUAUGACCUGAAGUCUAUUCUUCCACCUCCUGAGACAAAGCGUAUCACUGUUCUUAGACCUUCGAAGAUGGUUGAUAAUGACAAAUUUGUUGGAUCAGGGAAAAAGAAUGAUAAACAAAUAAAGAAGCCAGCUAAGGUGAACCAAGCGGUUAUGUGGGAACAAGGUGGCCCUGGAUAUUCUCCUAGUUCUGUGAAUCAGAGAGUUGAUGAAAGUCCUUUUCAACCAACUAGAAUAGUGGUAUUGAAGCCUAGCCCUGGCAAGAGUCAAGACAUCAAGGCUGUUGUUUCUUCACCUUCCUUAUCACCAAAAAUAUUGCAUGGUGAAAGCUUUUAUGAGGAAGAUGAAGACACUGAAACAUUAGAAUCAAGGGAAAUGGCAAAGGAGAUCACCAGGCAGAUACGUGAAAAUUUGAUGGGUCACCUAAGGGAUGAGACUUUGCUUUCUUCUGUUUUUUCCAAUGGCUACACUGGUGAUGAGAGUUCAUUUAACAAAUCAGAGACUGAGUAUGCAGCGGGAAAUCUUAGUGAUUCUGAAGUCAUGUCACCGUCUCCUAGGCAUUCAUGGGAUUACAUCAAUAGGUUUGGUAGCCCUUAUUCUCCUUCAUCCUUCAGCCGUGCAUCAUGUUCUCCAGAGUCAUCAGUUUGUAGAGAAGCAAAGAAGCGACUCUCUGAAAGAUGGGCCAUGAUGGCAUCACAUGGGACUUCUCAAGAACAAAGACAUGCCCGGAGAAGCUCUAGUACUUUGGGUGAGAUGCUUGCUCUUUCGGAUACAAAGAAGUCAGUGGGAUCUGAGGACAAGGAUAGUAAUAAAGAACAAGAUCCAAGGGAAUCAGUCUCAUGUGUAACCAAUAAUUUAAAUAAAGAAGGUGUGGUUGAUUCUCCUAAAAACCUUCUGAGGUCAAAAUCUGUUCCUGCGUCUUCUACAGUGUAUGGUGCCAGGCUCAAUGUUGAAGUUUCUGAUAUUGAGGUGGUCAAAACACAUGUUCCCAAGGAGCUGACAAAAGCAAAGGGCAUGAAAUCAUCAUUCAAAGGGAAGGUUUCAAGUUUAUUUUUCUCAAGGAGUAAGAAAUCGAAUAAGGAUAAAUGUGCUGCAUCUCAAACUAAAGAUGAAGCUAAUUUUGCCUCCCCUGAAACAACAGCAUCUCCAUCACAUCCUCAUGGAGUGAUUAGUGAUGAUACCUCUCAACAUGUUAAUGAUGGUCGUCUUUGUCCUGAUCCCCAUGUGUCGGCAGGCAAAAGUUCUCCAGAUAUGACCAGCAUGGGACAAAAACAACGCAUAGCGUCUUGUGAGGCAGGAUUAUCUGUAACAAAGCCUGGGAAUGUGAUUGAGAAUCAGGACCAGCCGAGUCCAAUUUCAGUUUUGGAACCACCAUUUGAAGAUGAUAAUGCAACUCUGGAGUCCUCUGGAAGAUUAUUACCUAUUAAGUCCAACUUAAUUGACAAAUCGCCACCUAUUGAAUCAAUGGCUAGGACCCUGUCGUGGGAUGAUGCUUGUGCAGAGACAGCCACUCCUUAUACAUUAAAACCUUCAGUUUCUCCGGGCACUGAGGAAGCAGAACAAGAUUGGCUUGGCCUUGUCCAAACACUACUAUCAGUGUCUGGUCUUGAGGAUGAGGUGCAAUUGGAGUCAUUUUCUGCCAGAUGGCAUUCACUUGAAAGUCCAUUGGACCCAUCAUUGAGAGACAAAUAUGCAUCCCUGCAUGACAAGGAGCUUCUCCAUGAGGCAAAGCGAAGGCAAUGGAGAUCAAAUCGGAAGCUUGUAUACGACUGUGUUAAUGCUGCACUAAUGGAAAUCACUGGUUAUGGGUGCUUAAUGGGAAGGCAACGCAAUGGGGCCAACAGCAGGGUCUUAGAGGGUGCGUCACCCAUGUUAGCAGACUGCGUGUGGACCCAAAUAAAGGAUUGGUUUUUUAAUGAGGGGAGGUGCUUUUUGGGGGAUGUUGGGGAAUGCAACAACCUGGUGGAGAGGAUGGUGAGGAAGGAGGUUGUGGGAAAAGGGUGGAAUGAGCUUUUGAGAUUGGAAAUAGAUAAUUAUGGAAAGGAGAUUGAGGGGAAGUUGCUGGAAGAGCUUGUGGAAGAGGCAGUGAUUGAUUUGACAGGUAGGUUGUGAACAGGCUUUGCUUUCUUUUUUUUUUCUCUUUUUCUUUUUUUAUAUUAACUAUAUAAUUUGUGUAUUUGAUUUUCAACAAAGAUGGUCCUACUCACCUAAUCUCUUUUAUAUUGAAAAUAGUUUUAGAUAGUCUUUCUUUGA